AUGCUCUCACGUGUUGCUGCAGUGAAGGCACCCCGCACACACAACCGUCGCCGCGUGACCGGAUCCAGCGGAAGGAGGAGGGAAGGAAGAGAGAGUGAGCCGCAGAGGCCCAACAUGUCCCGACAUCUCUUCUACUCUGCGGUGCUUCUCCUCGUUCUUGUGAUGAUGUGCUGCGGUGGAGCUGCGACCGCUGAGGUGGAAAAUAAUGCUGAUGCUUCAACUCCUUCUGGGUCGAAAUUGACAGGUGCCAUUGCUUUAGAGGGGAGCACUUCAGGGGGUGUUGAGGGGCUGCAACGGGUCGAUCUAUUUGUGCCGCAUUGGCUGACCUGGGCUGCGUGA